GCAGCGGCGGUGAUCUUGCGGUCACGGUCUGACGCUACCACGCAAGCGACUUGCCUCGGAGUGAACGCCAUCGCUACUGCUGGCCUGUCUGCUCUCUCUCUCCUCAUGGGUAGCGGAAGAGACAACACGCCGGAAUGCUCUGCGUCGUCGUAGUGUCACCACCGCCGCCCUGAACCGCCGUCCCGUCCCCGUCCCCGUCGCCCAUCGCCAUCGCACGGCCGCGCGCUGUUGCCCCGAAGAUGGUGGGGAGGAGAGCACCGCCUGACCACGGACCGACGCUGGCUCUCGAGACCGACUACAGGCGAAAGGCACCUGCUGUCUACGGACGCUCGCGCACCGCGUCGCUGAGCUCUCAGGAUGACGACGAGCAGAUCCACACGCACCUGUCGGCCUCGUCCGCGGGCCACACGGACAUCUCGUCGUCCUCUGGCAUGUCUGGCACCUCGACCGCCCGCACCUCGGCCAUGACCGACGACGACCGGCCCAACGCUGCCACCAAGACGAGCCCCUCGCCGCACGCCCACCCCGCACUCACCGUCCUCGAGCUCGUCUCCAACACGGCCUCCUCGUCGGCCUUGCCCGAUGCCUUUGACUUCAAUGUCUCGCGCAAGGGCAACUUCGUCGCCGUCUACUCGUCGUCCAACAUCUGGCUGGUCAAGAGCACCCAACUGCCGCGCCUGUGGGCCCGCACCCUGCAGGUCAAGCGCAAGCCCGUGGCCAUUGACAUCACAGAAGAUGGCUUCUUGCUGGCCGUCUUGUCGCGCUCGUCGCAGGUGGACUUGUAUGAGAUCCACGGCGAGCAAGACCGCCAGAUCAAGAAGAGGCGGACCGUUUCGCUGGUGCACGAGGCUGAAGCCGUCGCGAUAUCGCCCGACGGCCUCAUCAUGAUUACCGGAAACAAGUUUGGAAUAGAGGUCGUGGCUAUUGGCCCUGGGGCCCCUGAGACGGCGCGUCGCACGCUCACAGGGCCAGUGGGCGACACGCUCGAAUUCUCCGACGAUGGCCGCACGCUGCUCAUUACGAGUUACGCACGUAAAUCCGCAAACUCUUCGCUGUACGUCCUACCUGGCCUCUUCGAUGGCCCGCUCAAUGAGGAGGGCGUACCGAUCCCCGAAUCGCCAGAUACGCUCUGGACAGGGUCGAUGCUCUUUCCGGAAACCGCAAAGAUAGCCCGGCAAGCCACACUCCUUCCGGAUGCAGAUACGGGCCACGUCAAUGAGCUAUUCGCCUUCAACUCGCAGGAAGAUACAUGGGGCGUAUACGAUAUUGCGACCCAGCGAUUUACCCAGCGAAAAAUGUUUCUGCCUGAUCAACAGCGGUGGACGCGAUCCGAAUUUGUCGACGAUGCAAUGCCUGCCGUUUCUCCGAACGCCGACUUAGCUGCAGUCUCACUCAGGAUGCGAGGCAUGACCAGCAUCUGGAUCUACCAGGUGCCAGAAUGGGAUUUCCAGUCAACCACCAAAUCCGACCUCUCUCCAAUCCAGCCGUGCUUCUGCAUUCCGAUAUUAAGUGAUGGUCCCAACACCUAUCAGGAAAUUUGCGUUUUGAGAUGGGUCACCAUUAAUUCGAACGUACAGCGUCUGAUUGCUGUCGGAAACUCCAGCACUGCGUCUGCAGACGAAGUGCCCGGUGCUUCAGUUGGUUCAAAGGGUGUUGUAAUUGUUCUGGAUUUUGACAAGUCAAAGCCUGCCGGCAGCGCUGUACCUCGCCCUACGAAAACCGAGUAUGACUUGGAUCCACUUUGUCCAGGAGAGAUGCUCCCCGAAGGAGCAAUCGAUUUUGAGCGUGAGGUAGAGUUAGUGAGGACUAGGACACUGGCCCAAAGAAGAGCUCAGGAUGCCAACAGCAGCGGUAGCCGCCGGAACUCCAGACUUGGCUCUGCGCCAGUUCGUGCUCGAACAUCAGCCAACAGAGAACGACCUACGUCCAUUCGCCGACCGACCGAUGAGGAUGAGCUGACCGCCGAAGAAGCCCAAGCUGCUUUCGAGAUGCCUUAUGACAACCAACAGCCAAGGUCACAAAUGUCACUAGCAAGAGCCGCUACAGUCGCUGCAGUCUCUCCUGCGAACAGGCGCCACCUCAGAGCGUUACCCUUUAGACCCUUGGAGUACCGACGGGCAGACGGCAUGCGGGAAAUGCCCCAUGAGAGUGAUGCUGACAAUUGGGUUCCACCACCCCCGGCAUAUACUGCCACCGCAGAAGCCGCUCAGAGUGUCAGCCUAAGUCAUCCCAAUGGAGCACCACCUGUGUCAGGCCCCUCAGCUAGUAACGCUCAACCCGCAAUACCACCGGUUCCUGCACUGCCGACGAAUCUGGCGCAGUUUAUGCCUCCCAUGGCACCGAAUCAUCCUUACCAGUCUCGAGGCCCCAUGCAAUCGCAGUCUUCGACCGACCUACCAUCAACACGAACCGUCUCGCCAACGUUUGUCACACCUCCGCAACAGCGUCGCCCGUCCCUUCUACAUCCAACUACCUUCCCAAGCCCAGAAAAUUCGAAUCCCGGUCGAAGACGUAGUUCUACUGCGAGCCGAAACCUUCCACUGGAAAUACCCCCACAAAUGCCCAGGGUACCGUCGCAGCACCGAUCUGCUUAUCAAGCCACGGCAUCAAACUACAGCAAUGCAACACGGCCGAACACGCGUCCUAGCCUCCGAGCACGCAGGGCGGUCGAGAGUACAGUCGAAUUACGCCCUCCACCGAUCAUCAAUUCUUCCAACGGUCGAAGAGGUUCCGAACCAGUGGUCAGCAUACCGCGCAGGCCUAUGCCCGCAGGCGCCUCACCAAACCGCGCGAGCAUGCCCCCACCAAAUGCCAGACGCAACCUCCUUCCGCGGCUGACAACACAUGGCGACACAAUGCCGCAACCGAAUGUUGGGCCGCUUUCUGCGCCGCCAGGCGUGAGCACAGGACACGCGAGGGCACCGUCGAGGCUGAAUCUUAGGGGAGGCAAUGCGGGAGAGAAGACGAGCAGUCCGAAGAAGAAGAUUAACUGCGUUGUGAUGUAGACGCAGAGGGAUGUUAUUUGUUCGUGUGUCUGAAGGUGUAUCUGGAGUCUGGGGUUCUGCUGCUAUUGAGAUUUGGCGUCGGGAGUGCAUUAUAUACCCACCUGGUGAUUCUAGCGCGCUACUGUGAGCGGGAGAUUUUGUUUAUGAACCGUGGAAGAUGGACUUGUCACAGCGCAGCGAGUAGACUGGAUAGCUGUGGUUGACAGAAAAUCUAGAGAUUUCUUUUGUUCCUUGCGGCGUGUUAUGCAGAUGCGCGAAGCCGCAGCCGUGUGGGCACAGCGUUGAUUGCGUGAUGCUCAACAUGGCGCAAUAUGCAGCACGAAUGCGCAAACCUUUCUGGAC